GUUUUCACCGCUCGGUCACAUCUACUGCAGUGUUCGAGUGCGACGGUUGCACGUGCGAGUUCGUGCUGUAGAGCGUUUACUUUUCUCUGUGUUCAGGAGAGCCAACAGAAAGGAAAUUUUCUGCUAAACUGACGCCAUAUUGAAAGUAGUGUGUAGGGCAACAAAUUCUGGCACACCGUUGGUGCUUGUGACGGUCGCGGUGUGGAUUGUGAUUAGCAGUCCGAGCGAUUUGAGGUUAAUUAGGGUGCAUCGUAGCAGGCAGUGCAAGUGAGACUGUAUUUUCAUGGAAAUGUCAAAUAGUUUCAUUUGAGGUUCGCAGAAAUUGUUUUGAGUGACAGUACGCAAAGUUUUCGAAACUUGAGAGUGCCAAAAGAAGUGAAUUGUAUUAGUUUACUGUUGCUAAUAAAGGCGCGGGACAAUGUCUGACGAGUACUACGAUGAAGACGGUUUCCGUCUCACCUUUGAGGACGAUACGUCCGAACAGGAGAAACAGUUUUUCAUGCGCGCAUUUCCUAAUUUGAACAAAAUUUCGGAACGCAAAGUACAUUGCACCUCUUGCUAUAUGCACAUCGGAACUGCUCCUAUUUCGGAAGCCGUCAUCCGAAUGCAUCCGAUAUUGCGGGUAACGCACUGCCGUAAUUGCCAUACCUUCUACAACAGUGGAGAAUUCGACAAAGGUGAAGAUGGCAGUGAACUGUACUGCCGCUGGUGUGGUCAGGGUGGUGAGGUGUACUGUUGCUCAAAGUGUCCGUAUGUAUUCUGCAAGAAGUGCAUUGUGCAGAAUUUGUCCCGUGCUUGCGUUCAGGACAUCUCCCGAAAUGACAACUGGCAGUGUUUCAGUUGUGCACCGAAGAUCAUGUGGCAUCUACGUGCCCAACACUGGGCUUUAGCCAACUACAUCGAGAAGCAGAAGAAAGACAUGAAGGACAAGAACCACACGGUUCAGGCUAUCAACAGCCUAAUGAAACAGGACAACACUACCUGCUGCAGUAAUAAAGGGCUGAACAAAAAACCAACGACUCCUGCUUCAGCUAAAAAGGCAGUUAAGCGAACGUCCGAAGCUCACGAAGCGGGGGCCGCUAAAAUACCGGAAAAGCGGGCAUUGGUGCAGCAACAGCAAUCGCCGAUCAGUACGCCGCCGGUUAUCAAGAAACAGAAAACCGAUAAUAAUGAAGUCGUCUGCACACCGGAUAUCAUGAGCAUGUUUAUGAAUCCUGAAGAACCGCCACCUCUGGUAACGGCCCGAACAGCCGCUGCUCCGAAAACUGCACCACCAGCACCAGCAGCUCCCGUGCCUGCACCGGCACCACCUAAUCGUCAGGUUGUAGUACGACCAGCUUUCCCGAACGCUACUAACCCCAUCCCGAUGCGGUUACCCAUGAACAACAACGUAUCAAAUGCCGGGCCUCCUCCGGUAUACCAUACGAUCAAUGGAUACAAAAUCGAUUUGCAUACAGCUGCUCAACAGGGAACUUAUCGGUUGCCAAAUGGCAAACUAAUUCAGGUUCGGAAGCAGGCUCCCAGCGCUCCCCCCAAUACAAUGCCCAAUAGAAAUGUAGCUAUUGCUCCAAAGCCACCAAAUCCAUAUUUCAACCCGGGAGUGAUGCAAAAUCCUGCGAAUCGAGUGGUGAAUGGAAACCCAAAUGUCCAUAUUAAUAUGGCCCUUCAGCAACAACAGCAACUGCAAGAACAACGACUUCAACAACAGCGUCACCAUCAACAGCAGCAGCAACAGCACCAGCAGCAACAGCAACAACAACAACAGCAAAUGCUUCAGCAGCAACGACCUCAACUCAUGGUUCAAGUAGGUCAACCACAACCGACUAUCGUUGCUGGUCAACCAAAUCCCGCCCUUCAGCUGCCCACCUUGGUUAUGCUACAAAGCAUGGUCAAUGGACCCCACGAAGAUUCUCCUCUUGGACGCUCGAGGAAGAACUUUGAGGGUAAGCUACUGUCUGGUGUCGAAAUCUGCCAGCACAUUGUUAGCAAAAUCAACACUCUCACCAACUCGAAUCCGUUCAAAAACAUUCGAAACGUGCGGGAUUUGAAGGAAUUGUACAUACAUGUUUCGUACUUGCUAACGUACGCGAUUGGGCGUUUUAAGACGCUUCAGGAGAAGUGCGUUGACGAUGUGAAAAAAAUGGGUUUCACCAAGGAGUCGGACUUCGUCAUGAUGGGUGAGCAGAUCAGCAACCGAAACCCGGAAGAAGAUAAGAGCGAUGAUGAGGACGAUUGUGAGAUUGUUGAACAGAACACCACACUGAUCACAAUUGACUCGGAGGAUGAGGACGACAGCCCUAGCAAAAAGCGGAAAGAACAACAAGCGAAUAAAUCGCAAAAUGCCACCGAAACGGAAGCGGCCGUAGCAGCAAUUCUGGUUGAGAAGGAUGGAGCCAACGAUUCCGCCAAUGCUGUUUCGAUGGAGGAUUUCCUCCAAGUGAGCAUCAACGUAGCUGAUAAAUCAGACGAACAGAAUGGUGAAGGUGAACCAGGUGUCGAAAAAGAGACCAGUCCCAUCGUCAUCAUCCACAGCUCAGAAAAUGUUUCUAAAGAAGCUACCGUAGCAGAGCCUAGUAAGGACGACGCUGAUGGGAAGAAUAAAGACGAUGAUGAUAUGGUUGAAAUUAUCGAGACAACUAUCGACGACAAACUAGACGAGGACUUGACUGGUGAUGCGGAACAAACCGCCGAACCUAAAGAUAAAUCAGAUCAAGAAGAGAUUGUCGCGGUUGAUGAUAAGGCAGAAAAAGUAGACACAGGCGCUGCGAUUCCGAAUGAUACUAAUGCGACGAACGAGAAGAAGCAAGUAGAUGAUGCAUCGUUAGUGAAUUCCAUCGAAAAGGUAACCGAUAAAACAAAUGAUACUAAGGAAGACAACGAAGCGGUGAAAGACACUAAUGAAGCCAAUGAAAAAGCAAACGUAUGUACUGAAGCUAAUAAGCAAGUAGAAUCAUCGGAACAAGAAUCUGCCGACACUACAACGAAGGUAGGUUCUACGGACAACGAGCAUGUCGAGAAAGACAAAACUGUUGAAACCGAAGAAAACAGCAACAAAUCACCAGCAAAUGAUACUGAUAAUAAUAAGCUAGUAGAGAUCAUAGACACAGAGGAGAAAAUGGAAACAGAAGUGAACGAGACCGACAGUGCAGUAGCAGAAGAAAAGAACGUUGCUAACGAUGAAUCCGCUCCGAUCGAACUGACUGAUGAUGAAGACGAUGACGAUUGUACCUUCGUUGAGCCAGAUCAACCUACUGCAGAGAGCGACAAAAAUCCGGCGGAAAGCAAAAUUGCUGAAAAAUCGGAUGAGAACGGUGCUACGUCAGUCGUCGAUAGCCCUUCCGUAGAAUUAGUUCAAGAAGCUGAAAUUCCUGAAACGUCUUUAUCGGCAGAACCGGCUGAGGCAUCAGUAAGUUCUGAAGCUCCCUCUGUCGAACAGACUACGGAUGCAUCGACAGAACCAGCUGAGGCAUCGGAAAGUCCUGCAGCUCUCUCUGUCGAACAGACUACGGCUGCAGCUAGUCCUACAUUACAAGACAAACCUGUAGAGCAAUUAGACAACAGUAAUUCCAUGCCUGUCAAAGACAGUCCCUCAAUCGAGGAAUCUGAUAGUUGUGAGACUUCUGUUCCUGCUGGUGAAGUCGUAGACGAAAGCGUGACAGUCGCAGAAACGACAAAUGAUAACGAAGUAUCUGAAUCGGUUCCUGACAAAUCCCCAGAACCUGAAGCUGCUGGCCACACUAUAGCCGAACAACCCCCCACAGAGGAAUCUUCUGUGGUGGAGGCUGGAAAAACGGAUUCAAUCAAAAUAUCAGAAGAUCUAGAAGCUCCUACCGGCAACGAACUAUUGGCUAGCAUUGAGGACUCGUUUCAAAAGCUGCAGGAGCUGUUCGAUUCGACUGAAAAUGACGCAGUCGAAGAAAAGGAUGACAAGCAAGCACCAGUUGAUGUUGAUCUGGAGAUGGCGGAACCGGCACAAGAACUGAGACAGGAGCCAUCGGUCGAGUUAAUGGAUGUUGAUGACCCGUUGGGGAUUGAGAUGGACCAAAUAAUGUCCGAGGUCGACAAUCCGUUGGAAAAGGCCAUUGAAGCUACUGAUGCAUUAUCAACGGUGUCAACGGAGAGUAUCGAUAAAACUCCUCUCCCGGCAGAUGAUGGUUUAGAGGCCAUCACUUCCGAAGAAAAUUUCACUUAUUCUCAAGAAAGUCUGAAUGGCCAACCAGAAAAGCGAGAUGGUGCCGAAAAUGUUUAUGGUAGCGAGAGUAUUGUGUCGCCUGAGGGACUUGAUGUCAACGGCGAUUGUUAAAAUAGUUGUAUGUACAAAGUAGUCGGUAGUCUAUCGGUAAGCAUUGCACACAAUAAUCCUUUUUAUUUGUAUGUCGAAUCUGAGGGAAGACCUCGCUCCUUUGAGGUGCGUGGAGAAGUAGUGUAGCACUACUUCUGAAACAUCGUUGCAUAAAUAAUAUUUAGGUUUAUUCUAUUCAGAGAACCAGCGUUACAACCCGAUUGAACUAAUUGCCGUUUAGUGGGUAAGGUUUAAGAAAUUCACAAAUACAGUAGGGAAUAUUAUUAAUAUUUUCCAAUAUGAUAAAUUACUCAUAAAUGAAGACCUAAUUAUUUUCAUGGUCCUAUACUAGAAAUAUGAUCUAUCAUAAACAGAACUUGCAAAUAUUUGAACGCAUUAAUUAUACUGUGAGCUAGAAAAUAGAGUCACGCGUAACUAUAAGAAACACUACACUGAAUAAAGUAAUUUUAUUGUCUAUGGA